AUGGAGUCCAAAGAACGUAUAACCGAGUACAUAACUUGGGUGGAGAAGGUGGACAACCAACUCGGCAGGAAUGGAGAACAAAUGCCAUCUAGCCGGGUUGUGGAAAAAAUUUUGAGAUCCCUUACAAAAGAUUUUGAAAGUAUCAUGUGUGUCAUCGAAGAAACGAAGGACUUGUUGGUUCUCACAGUGGAUGAACUUGCUGGGUCAUUAGAAGCCCACGAACAAAAGAGAAGAAGUUGGGAUGAUCAGGUUGAACUCGACAAUCAAGCACUACAGGUACAAUUUGACUCUAAUAAAACUCAGAUUACUCAAAGCCGAGGUCCUGGCGGUAGAGGGCGAGGAAGCCGAGGACGAAGUGGACAUGGCCGAGGUAAUUUUGAGAAUAAGAAUGAAGAGCAAACCGAUCAGCAGAAUUGGCGUGACCAAGGACAAGAAAAAGAUCGAGGAGAUCGGUCAAGAGUUGAGUGUUUUAAGUGUGGCAAGUAUGGCUACUAUGCAAACGAGUGUAGAUCAAGCAAGUGCUACAAUUUUGGUAAGGCAGGCCAUAUUGCAAAGUAUUGCAAGGCAGAGACAAAGGGGGAGACGAAUCUCCUUACUGAAGAUGUAGAAGAACUGUUGCUGGCAAAGAGCUCGGAUACAGUGGACAUGGAAAAUUCGGUCUCAAUAAUGGAUGAAGUGAUCUUGGUAAAAGGUGCGACAAACGUGGAAAAGAAACUCAAACAAAAAGAUGAAGAGAUUCAGCGGAUAGGGAGACUUCUGGAUGAAGCUAAUGAAAUUAUGAAUAAACAGAGGGUUGAGCUUGAGAAGCUGAAGAAGACGACUCUUCAAAAGGAAGAAAAAGCAUAUAACAUUCUUGAACCAGAUAAAAAUAGGGAAGAAGAAGAUGAAGAACAAAUGAAGGCUGAUGAGAUUUCUACUAACUCGGCAUGGUAUCUAGAUACUAGGGCAAGCAAUCAUAUGUGUGCAAACGAGAACUUUUUUUAUAAACUCACCAAGGUGGAGGCCAAAUUUAUGUCUUUCGUAGAUGACUCCAAGGUGGUCGUGAAAUGGUGUGGAAAAAUCCGACAUAUGCAGAAGAAUGGAUGA